AUGGCGACUACUACCGACCUCGACACGCCCGAUGACCUCUCUUCCAUCGCGGAAGAUAGCGGCGUGGACGACGAGUCUUUAUACGAUGAAGGACAUAACGCUUCCUCUCCCAACGCAGAGCCCGACGCCUUCGCGCCGAGCACCGCAGCCGCGCAAGCAGCAAAGGCGUUGGAGGUCGCGCAGGGCUCUUCUGCGUUCGAUGGGCCUGCGGAAAGUCCAGUCGCUUCGCCUGGCUGGCCAGACGAACGAUCUCUCCCCAUACUAGAUGCGGGUCCGGCUCCGCCAGAUUACUAUGCCGCCACGACGGCCAGGCGCCACCCGGAGCGGGACGGGGUGCGCGAAGGAACAGACGACGAGCGAAGCUCUACGGCUGCAGAGGAGUUUGAGGUGCUUGAGCCGCUCAUGCACUACGACGACUCCCUGGCGUACUCUCCAGCAUCUUCCCACAAGCGGUCGAAAGAUAUCAAACACCGCCUUGCAACCCUGCUCGACCAAAUCCGACACGGCCGGCCACCGUCUCUCCGCUUCACUCGCAUGGCCCAGCGCAGCGCUCUCUUGCUCCUAUUGACUCUAAUUAUUGCCUGUGCAAUCGUCGUCUCAGUACCCCGACGACGCAACAACAUUUUACAUCCCGACUACACCCGACUCCCAGAUGAAAUUCGCAAUCCUUCCCACGACCACCCCAAUACCGAGCACUGCCGCUUCGACAGCUUCAGCGAGUACGUAGAGAUUCCCUUUGACGAUCUGGAUUACUUCACAUUCGAGGAAGGUGACCUGACGUCGGAUGACGCCGCCGGCCUUCAUAUCGGUGGCACAUUCCACGACGAUCCUCGAGAUUGGAAGAAGGCGCUCAUCUCCGGCAAUGUUGUCCUCAUGGAAACGCCCCAGCGUGCCGAUGCGCGAGACGCCGCCAUCACGGUCCGAAUCAACAUUGCUACCACCGAGGGCUGGACAACGGAGAAGAUCCGGUUCGUGAAGCAUGGCCAGAUCGUGAGGUUGCAGACCCCAGUCCUGUCAGCCUCGUCGGAGGCGGAGAUUGUUUCCCAAACUCCCUGUAUGGAUAUGUGGGUUGGCAUCUACGUGCCACAGCGCUACAGCCCCGUGAACUGGGAAGUGGACCUGAAGUACUUGAAUUUUCACCAGCAGUCGCCGGCAAAUCUAGCAGCAAGCGACAACAACUUCCUGCUCAACGUGGAAAACUCCACGCGAAUCGCCUCCCAAUACGGCGCCGUGCACGCCGCGCUGAGCGCCGCCUCCAUCUCCGUGGAAACGUGGACGGGCAAGAUCACGGGGAGCUACAGCUUCCACGAUGCCGUGAGCCUCGAGGCCCUGAGCGGCGACAUCGACGUGACCAUCACCCCGCUCGAACCCAGCAACUCCGACAUACGAACCCUGCAGACCUCGACCGACACCGGCGAGAUGAAAGUCGUCGUCCCGCCCGAGGCCCUCGACAACGCCGCCUCCAUCCAGGCCGACCAUUUCUCCGGCUUCGGGUCCACGUCGCUGACCUACCCCGUGGGCUGGCCGGCGAACGUGCACACCACCUGCCUCACGGGCUCGCUGCGGAUCAACGGGCGCACCAUUCCCAAGGACGAAUUCACAGAUGACGGGGCGUCGGAGGUAGAGCUGGUGACCGAGCCGGACGAUGAGAGUUACGGCUAUCUCAACGUCCAUUCCACCUGGGGAGAUUUGGAUCUCAUCUUUCAGGAGGUCGCGCGCGAAGUCACUGCUGAUGGAGCGUGA